AUGGCGGGGGGGCUGGAUGCGGUUGCUCGCAGUUGCGGGGCGCUGCAACUACGAAGGAGAGUGGAGGUCUUUGAGGCGACGACUCGGUGGAGAGGUAAGCAGAAUGGGUUUGGGGCAAUGAAGAGCUGGUCACCUCCGAUGUGUUGUUUUACUGGAAUUGGUGGCAAAUGGGUGCCUGUAGAUAUGGAGAAGACAUCACUCAAACAUUUACGCUUACUUGCCACUGAUUACAGUGACAGUGAUGGAUCACUUAAAGACCCUGAUAGUGUUCAGAGUUCUAAGGAUCUUUGUCAAGCUGAUCCUAAAUCAUUUUCUAGCCAAUGGACAAUUCUUCUGCCAACUAAUGACGUACUACGACCAAGGAAGUUUGAAGCAACUCUAAUGACAUGCUUACUAUUUGAUCCUUACUUAAAGGCAAGGAUGGCAUCUGCCUCAACUCUGGCGGCCAUGAUGGAUGGGCCUUCAUCUAUUUUCCUGCAGGUAGCAGAAUACAAGGAAUCUUCUAAAUAUGGAUCUUUCAUGGCGCUUUCAAGUUCUCUUGGACAGAUACUAAUGCAACUGCAUAAUGGUAUUAUAUACUUAAUCCAACGUGAAAGUCAUCAUAGAUUGCUGACAUCCCUGUUCAAGAUUCUUAUGCUUUUGAUAUCUUGCACACCGUAUGAAUCCUUCUUCUCAUAG